AGCACCGCAUGCAAAGUUCGCGCAAGCUCCGGAUGAAGCCACGGGAUGGCGGAUGACUGGGAGUUCCCGGCGGAGCUGGAUGAGUUCCUGGAGUUUUGUGUGGAGGAGCACGCUGGAGACUUUGAGGUCAUCUCCCGAGAGUUCCUGGAGGUCGCCAGCGGCCUGGACGACCAGCUGGCGGACCGAGCUGAGGAGGCCUUCUCCGCAGAGUGCUUGCGGCGGAGGUAUAUUCAGCUGCACGAGGCAGACCAGCCAAAGCAGCUGGAGCCAGAGCCAGCGGCCCCGGAGGUCUCGGCGCCGGCGCAGGCGGACUGGCGUCAGCUGGCCGAGUCGGAGGCGCCGCCGUCGCAGUUCUCGGUGCUCACCGACAGCCUCCAGGACCGGGUGCGGCGCAUCUACAACACCGUGCAGCUGCGCCUGCCCUCCGCCUACGCCAAAGACGCCCAUUCUGAGGGAUCCGAAGGGGAUGGCUCCGAAGAAGAGGGCGGCUUUGCGGGGCCCAUGGAGCAAACGGAGGAGCUGAAGGAGGCCGCGCUGCGUCUGUUUGGCAGCGAGGACUUGGGCCACGUGGUGGACGAUUUGGCCACGGAGCCCAUGGACAGAGACCCCUCGGGGCUCAUUGCGCGGGCGCUGAAGGGCGAGGAGAGCGACAGCGGGGACUCUGCCCUGGAAGAAUUCCAGGCGAUGCGGCGCGCUGCCAAGGAGUCCAGCCAGCCGGACACUUCGGCCCGGAAGCCGGCGCCGACUUCGUCGAAGCCCAAGCCGGCGUUUUCGGCGCCCAAGGCGGUGGUGAAGGCGAAGGCGGCGGUUCCGCGCGCGCCGCAGCCGGGCUUCGUGCGCCUGGAGUUGGUGGAGAGCAGCAGCGAGGAGGCGGAGGAUCCAGAGCCUAGCUCGGAGGAGGAGGAAGAGGACACGGCUCAUCUCCGGGUGCUGUCCCGGCUGCUGGCGAAGGUGUCGCCUUCCUCCGACUGCCCCUGGGAUGCGUGGCUGGAGGCGACCCACGCCUGGCCCCACCUCAAGCUGAAGCUCCCCGGCGACUUCUGCCGCAAAGGUUCUGACCUCCGAGUGAACCUCGAGGUGGAAGUCUUGAAGCAGCUCAUAGAGGAGGAGAAGUGCGCACAGGCGAACGCCAAGCAGCGAAAAAGGGAGGAGGUGGAGCACCACGCGGAGAAGGUGAAGGAGUACAUCCGCGAGGCGGAGCUGCGGCGGGAGCUGAUGCGGAAGCGCCUGGGGGCGGUGCUGGCGCCCAGGAGCGAGCAGUUGGAGGAGAUGCUGCGGAAGGACAAGGCCGCGAAGCCGCCGAAGGAGACGUCUCCCAAGCCCAAGGCGGCCAAGGCAGCUUCCGCCAAAGCCGCUUCCCUGGGGCCGGGCAAAGCGGCGGCUUCCGCCAAAGCGACCUCGCCCAGCGCGGAGGUCAAAGCGGAGGCGGCGGCGGCGAGGAUGAAGUUGAUGGAGGAGGAGAAGGCGGCCAAAGCGCGGCAGGAGAAGAUCGACCUUUUGCUGCAGGAGGUGAGCCAGCACCGGCUGCCCCUGUGGGACGAUGUGGUGUCUGCGGGCUGUUCGCUGCCCUCCCUCCAGGGGGAGAUCUUCCUGCUGCCCUGGGACGAGGAGGCUGCUCCCACGCUCUGCCGCCUCGCCGGGGAGAACCAGGCGCAGGCGAUGCUGAUGCUGCCGCUGCCGCAGGUGGCGCAAGCGUACGCCUCGCAUCCCGCCUGGCCCUCGAAGCCGCCAACUUGUCGCUCCCUGGUGGCCGUGGAAGCUUCCGCCGAUGCGGCGGGGGAGAAGCUGCUGGGACCCUUCCCGGCGCAGCCCCUGCAGCGGCCCUUGGCCUUGUGGGCUCACGAGGAGGGCAAGCCCGAGCUGGAUGUGGAGGUGCUUGAGGAGACGAUUUGCGUGGCGUUCCAAAAGCUGGAGCCGGAGAUUUUGGAGGUGGUGCUACAGGAGCUGGCGGCUCAGGGCCUCCAAGUUGUGGGCCUCCGCCUGCUGCGCCCGGCGUCUUCCGCGGCGUCCGCGAGAUCCGCCGGGUCCGUCGUGGGGAUCUCCGUGGGCCUGCGGGCGGCGCUGGCGGCGGAGAAGGUGCUGCUGCUGGCCUUGCGCGCGCCGCACGCGCUGCAGCUCUGGCGCGCCAUGCUGGGGCCCUCGGACCCCGCCCUCGCCAGGCAGACGGACCCGGAGAGUCUGAACGCCCGCUUCGGCGGCCAGAGCCGCGCGGAGGCCCUGGCUCUGGCGCCCUCGGGGAAAGCGGCCGACGUGGUCUGGGCCUUCGGCGGAAGGAGCGAGGCGUUCCUGGGGGAGGCGACCCAAGCGCUUCAUGCGAUCCAGGUGCUACAGCCGAAGGUCUACUGCCUGGAGCUCUCGGAAGUCGACGUGUCCUGCUGCGGCACUGCCCUCUGCGCGGCCGCGCUGCGGUCCGGGCGCCUGCUGGACCUCCGAGGCUGCGGUGAGAGUCGGGUGCUGGUGCACGGCUUCCGCGAGGGCGGCGCCGGGUUCCUACGGCACUGCCCGCUGGGGCCGCCGCCAGGGGACCUCGGCUCCGGGCGUCCCGUGGCCUUCACCGAGAAGCCGCCGCUGGCCAUUUCGGAGCUGCUUCCGCCCGUUGCUCCAGUGGCAGCUGUGGAGGAAGACUUCGAUGCUGCAGAGCCAGAGGUGCUGGUGGUGGCGCUGGCGCCACAGUCGGGGCUCAAAGAGCCGCUGCUGCUGCGAGACGCCACAGAGGCGCUGUACCAAAAGUUCCGGCCCGAGGCCUGCUAUGAGGUGGGGAGCUGUGUGGAGCUGCUGGACGUCCGCGUGUUGGACCUGCAGGUCUUGGGCGGCGCCACCGCCCAGGCGGCACUGCAGGGCUUCCAGAACUUUGCGCAGCUGGCGCGGCACGCGCUGGAGGAUGCGAGCCGCUUCUGGUGGAGCGCAGGGAAGGAGCACGGGCUGGUGGCGCUGCUGUGCUUCCGCGGGGACAAGGCCAUCAGCCGCUUCAAGACCUUCCUGGCGAGGGAGUGGAAGCUGUCGGCGGCCACAGAGGGGGAUGUGCUCUUCAGCCCCUCCCGGGAGGUGGCGAGGCGCGCGGUGCGGUGCUUCUUCGGGCACCUGGAGCUGCCGACCUUCGCCCAGCUGCCGCCGCAGCACUUCUUCUCGCUCCGCCGCUUCCAGCCUGCGACGGAGACCGGAGCCGCGGAGCGCCUGUCGGAGGCCGUGCUGUUCCCGAAAACAAGCGCAGAGCAGCGGACCUUGGCAGUGCUCUCAUUGGAGGAUUCGGUGGUGUACAAAGCGCUCUCGGCAGCGGACCAGCACGGCUUUGUGCUGGAGGCGGUGGCCUUGGAAGCUCCUGCAGCGCUGCAGCGGGAGCUCUUCCAGCAGGAAGUGGCGGACGGCAGCCUGCGGCCGGAGGACUGGGACGCUUUCCAGCCGACCAUGGCGAGGUGCCUGGUCCUGGAGCUCUCGCGGCGCCAGGCGGUGAAGCGCUUCGCGCAGCUCUGCGGCGGCGCGGACCCGCAGGUCAACCACCGGCAGCUCCGGGUGUCCUUGCGGUCGGGGGACCGCAUUCGCAACGGCCUCCGCUGCGCCACGUCCCUCCACUCCGCCGCCGCGCUGCUCCGCGCCGCGGUGCUCGAUGCGCCCAGCUCCGACGCCGCGCGGGGCGUGGGGCUGGAUGCGGAGGCUGCGGAGCAGGGCCUCGAGCUGGCCCUGGUGGUUGCCAGCUCCGCUGAGCCGCUGCUGCUCCUGCGUGACGUGUUGCAUGCGCUGGGCACUGCAAAGCUCCUUGUUGCCGCGCUGCGACUCAGCAAGGAGGCGGAGAAAACGCGCCUCAAGGACGCGCCUGGCCCCGUGCUGCUGGUGGCAGUGGAGGGCCCUCGCGCCGCGGCGGCCGCCGAGGUGGCCUUGCGCGAGGUGAAGGCCGCCAGCACGGUGGCGCCGGCGGCGGAGGUGGCAAAGGUCUUCGAGCGCCUGGCGGGCCGGCACUACCUGGUGGAAGGAUGAUGCAACCAAAGCAAGGCGCACAAAGGCGCUAGCCAUUGAGUGUUUGGGGAGAGCAUCCCGACAAGUUAAUUCAUUUGCAUGUGUCCUGGAGUGAUCCUGGGAUCCUUGUUUAAAAUUAUUUUACUUUUGAAG